UAUCUCGACGUCGCAAUUUCACAAACGAGCGACCUAUAUCCUGGCGACAGUAAAAUACACAUCGAGAGAAAAUUAUUCCCCCGUCGGUCGCUUCUAAUCCGAUAAUAAGCAAGAACAGGCCACUCGCGCUUUCAUCAUCGAUACGAACGAUCGCAUGUGUCCGCCUUGUCCGAGGGAAUCGCAAAACCCAUACGGGAGUCCAUCUUCGGAGCGGCAUCGCCGUCCCCGGGCAAUGCGUUCCUCGUCCACGUGAGAGAUCCGACGACAGUACCCCCUAUCAGACUGCACCCCACCACCACGGAAUCACCCUCCACUUCCGCUUCGCUUGGUAGCCACUCCUCUCAGCCUCCGUUGAUACUUCCUCGCGCGUGUAUCUCGUCAGUCGGCCCGGAGCCACGUGCGUGUGCUCGGGAAGCUCCGCUUCGAGAGUCAUCGUCGAGACCCACGAUCGAUCGUCUUCCUGGUUGUCCGAUCGUCACGAGCCUUCUCCAAAGGAUCGUUCGAAAUCCCGCGAAGAGGCACUCUCGGGGCUACUUAGCCAGACAUUCGAAGAAUAGAGUGACUGUUCCGACGGAAAGGGACGAGAGAAGCGGACGGAGGAUCCGCGAGUGACAAUUUCUGAGAAUCGCCCCCGAUCCUUCGCUCGCGAGUCAAAGAAGCAAGGCCCUUUAAGUGAACGUCAGGGAAGAAUAAUGGAGUGUACCCCGAAGGCGUGAAGUGUCUACAGUAAUAUGUACCGAUCCGUCCGCGGCGUCGGGACGAGGGAACCGCGCCGUCUCGACGGUGCGACGUUGGCCGUCUAAAACGACCAGGAAACCCAAACUCGAAGACAGAUGGUGGAAGCAGGGAGAACUAAAAAUACCGGACGCUGGCACGCUGUUGCCUCCUCGCUGUACUUGAACAAUUCCUACUGGAGAACGGACUCCGUUCCAUGCAGUUGCCGGGCGUUCGCAGACGGUAGGCAAGAGAGAUCCUCCUUAAAGACGCUGGACGCUUUUGAAGUUACCGAUACUUCGGUUCCGAAAGCUGAUUUUUAAAGGAACGUUCGGACAGUCUUCUUGACCCUGAAGCUCCAAGGGUCGUCAGACUCGUGAACAUUUCACGUUUGAGACGGAAGAAGAUCGUAGAGGGGUUCCAUCGUCGCAAGGGAGGACGGAAGCAGAAGAAAGUCCCGCCGGAUCCGUCGCGUCCCGAACCCCGUCGUCACACGCGGAUGACGGUGUACACCGAGAGCGUCGUCGCGAGGGGAAGCGAGCGCAGCCCCCUCCUCGAGGCCGAGUUCUUCCACUCAUGGUGUUUUACGGCGCGGUUGUUUGAAAUUCUUCGCGUGGAGUCGCGGCCGUAUUUAUAGAGCCCCGCGCGCACGCUCGCGAGUUCACGCACGUAGAAUUCACUCGCACGCACUCACGCGCGUCUCCCCGAGGGAGAGAGGGAGGAAUCGACACGGCGGGACAUUAGAGGAAACGAGAAAACGAAGCAGGGGCUAAACGGAGGGACGAGGGCACGCGGCACGUCGCGAUCAUGAAGCGAUGCAUCCGCGACAGGAGCACCGGCCCGCUUCGUCGUCGAGCACGUCCUCGACGUCGUCGAACUGUCUGCGCUGGCUGCCCCCACUGGCGAGCCAACUCGAUUCACCGGGCAUGAUCGCCACGCUGCCACGGCCGAACGCGGUCCUCGGCGUCGUCGUUCUCGUUCUCGCCAUCGGGACCGUGCUGUCCGCCGAUGACGUUCCGAGCGAAAACUGGACGCUCGUGACCGAUGGGAACAAUAAGUCCAGCUGGGCACGAGUUCCCGACGAGGACUACGUCUUGGAACAGUCGGCGAACAAUAAAUCCACGAGAUCGUUCUACUUUACGAACUGGAGCGAGUGGUCGGUCUGCGACCGCCAUUGCACGCAGAAUCGCGUUCGGAGGUGUCGAGUGAAGAAGAAGUGUGGGACUACGAUACACAGGGAGGAGCGCACCUGUCAGCACAACAGAAAGGCAAGAUGGAGGCGAUGCAAGCAGCGACAGAGACGCGGGCAUCGACGGAAGGAGAAGUUUCACGUGGUACAGCUUCCUAAGAAAGAAGCAGAACCCAGACAGGGAGAAAGAAGAGGCAAAGACGUAAAGGAUAAGUCCGUGGGGCAUUAUGGGAAGUGGAGCAAGUGGUCGCCGUGUACGAGGCUGUGCACUACGCAACGUCACAGGUGGUGCAAGAAACCAGGAAUUUGUGGCCGCGACGUGAUAAGAGAAAGCGCCUACUGUUACGUGGAGGGUAGCUUCUGCCAAAGAUGGAUCCACCGGAAGAUCCGUGGAAGCCAAGAAGAGGACAGUGACGACAUAGUAUUGGACGAGUUCGAGUUAAAUCCCAAUACAGUCGACAGCUUCAUCCCCGAGAAAAAUUCGCACUCCUGGAAAUGCGGCCUGCCGAGUACGCAGAAGAACUCUCGGCUCUCUUACUUCACGAGAAUCAUCGGUGGACGUCCGGCAGUUCGCGGAAGUUGGCCCUGGCAAGUUGCAGUAUUGAAUAGAUUUCGUGAGGCCUUUUGCGGAGGCACUCUGAUCUCGCCUAAAUGGGUGCUGACUGCUGCGCACUGCAUCAGGAAACGUCUCUACGUUCGCAUCGGGGAACACGACUUAACAGUGAAAGAAGGCUCGGAGCUGGAGUUGAGGGUGGACUCAGUCACGGUGCAUCCUGAAUACGACGCGGACACCGUGGACAAUGACAUAGCAAUGCUGCGUCUCCCGGUCACACUGGUCGCGUCUCCAUCGAGAGGAAUCGCCUGUCUCCCAGCGCCUAACCAGCUUCUACCCGCCAAUCAGCUCUGCACGAUCAUUGGAUGGGGAAAGUCGAGAGUCACCGACGACUUCGGUACCGACGUUCUUCAUCAGGCACAGAUACCGAUAGUGUCCACCGAAGCCUGUCGAGACGUCUACGUCGACUACAGGAUCACCGACAACAUGUUCUGCGCCGGAUAUCGACGCGGGAAGAUGGACUCCUGCGCAGGCGACAGCGGUGGGCCGCUCCUCUGUCGAGACCCAAGAAGGCCCGACCGUCCUUGGACCAUUUUCGGCAUCACUAGUUUCGGCGAGGGAUGCGGGAAACGCGGGAAAUACGGAAUAUACGCGAGACUGUCGAAUUACGUUCGCUGGAUCAGUCGAGUGAUGAAGGAGAACGACUAUUUUUAAUCAACAAACGACGGACAGUAUUGGACACUUGUGUGCCUUAACUUAGCUUAAUGAUUGUGCCCUGUGUUGCUACUCGGAGACUGCGUACGAACUCUUAACUGCUUAAGGAACGAUCACCGUAAAUUAAUCGUGUGAUAACUCAUUGUAGAAACUUAAUUGUAGCAAUUAAAUCGAUCGUCGUGACCUUUAAUCCUAGAACGGUGCUGCAACGCUUCUCGGCAAGACAUUAAAAAUGAUUCAAUAGAUAUUUGAUAAAAUAUCACGCUGUUCCAUGUUUUCUAAAUUUAUCAACGAUAUUCCAAUCGAUAUUCAUCGAACUCGUAGACGAACGUUCGUGCACGUGUCAUUCUAGGGUUAAAAUUCUCGUAGCCUAUCACCCUCUAUCUCUGAACACGUGAUCAUCACUUUGUAUACGAUCGAACGGCGAGCGUUUCAUGCGACUCGGUAAGAUAAAGAGACUGACGAAAAGAGAUAUACUUUAUUUUCAAUAUUGGUAUAGGCGCAACCAAUGGAGUCCUUAACGAUAAGGCGCGAUUACCGUAACUAAUUUCUCUCUAAACUCUUUAUUCAAUUAUACGAAAACUUAAUGUGAAAAAUCCGUGACAUACAUUUUGUGCAACUCUCGACACCGCUUCUCGUCCCUUGGUACCGUCGGCUCGGGGCAAACUGAGGGAGCGCCGGAGGAAUGGGGGCGAAGGGAAUCAAAUCGGCAAGCGAGCGGUAAAGAAAUCUGAGUUCAGUUCGUGGUGCCAUCUCUCGCCGCGGCUGGCGCGGCGGAGCGCAACGUAUAAAAAAUAAAGGAAAGUGCAGAGAAGGUCGAGACGUCACGAGGUGAUAAUUAACGAGAUAGAGUUCCACUGGAUCCGGCUGACACUGGCACGGCCGUGUCGGUGCGUUCGCUUCCCAUCGAUUGAUAACGACCCGCUGAACCCCCGACCGAAUCCUCUCAAUAGUUGAAUUUGCACUUCGAGAAGUCCAUCUCCGGAUGCUGCUCCAUGAACCUGCAAAAACGUUCGAACGUCACGCAUCCAACGAUUCUACGAAACAGGGGCUGCGAACUGGAGAUUGCGAUAAGUCGACCGAGGAUUCGCCACGGAAUUUUUAUGUAAACAGCGAUUGCUAUGUAGAAAUAUUAAAUUAUCGCCAGGAAUUCAAAUGCCCAUUAACGAGCUUCUAGUAGGUGAAUGUUGGAAGUUAAAACUUAAGUCCUCAGUCUAGUUAUUCUUCCGAUUUCCUAUGAAAAUUAGAACUUUCGCGCAACGGUUAUUAACCCUUUACAUCGAUUCAUUCAAACAAGAGUUUCUACUUUCUGGCGACUACUCGUUUCAUCUCUACUUUGAAAACCACUCAUCCCUCUAACACAAAUGAUUAAUUCACUUCAAUACAUUCCUUUCUUAAUCUUCCCAACAUUAACAGCGAAUCGAAUCUCAAGAGACACUGAUCUCGAACGAAACCACUUGAACGAACAUCCGCAUUCGGUCGCCGAAUUGUACCCCAUUUAAAGAGACUUUCA